GGUGGCUAGGUGGGGAGGGGGGAUCAUGGCUGCUCAGGUCGCCCCCGCCGCCGCCAGCAGCCUGGGCGCCCCGGCUCCAGCCGAGCUGAAGAAAGCGGAGGCGCAGCAGCGGGAUUGUCCCCCGGAGGAGGCGGGGGGCGAGGCGGUGGCGGAGCGCGGCGGCGAGAAGCAGGCGGAGAGCGAGGGCCCCCCGGGGAAGGAGCUGCAGGACGGGGCCGAGAGCAACGGAGGGGACGCCGGGGCCGAGCCCGACCUGAAGAGCUCGAACGGGAACGCGGGCCCCAGGCCCGCCGCUGCCGCCGCCACCCUGAACAAUAACCUCCCGGAGCCGCCCGGCGGCGGCGGCGGCGGCAGCGACGGGGUGGGGGCGCCGCAGCAGCAGCAGCAGCCGCCGCCGCCGCCGCAGCAGCCUCCCCCUUCCCACCCGGCCGCCUUGGCCCCGCCAGCCUACGGCUUCGGGCCGCCCUACGGCCGGGGAGCCCAGGCUGCUGCCGUCGCCGCCGCCGCCGCGGCUGCCUUCCACCAACAUGGCGGACAACAAAGCACUGGCAUGGCAGCGCUGCAGAGCGGGGGCCUGGAGCAGCCCUACCCGGGGCCGGCGGGGGCCCCCCCGGGGCCGCCCCCUCCCCAGAACUCGCAUGGCGGCGCCGAGCACGGCUUCCCCAACCACCAGUACAACUCGUACUACGCGGCGGCGGCGGCCGGGCGCAGCGCCGGCGCCUACCCGCCUCCCCCCCAGGCCUACGCCCUGAGCUCCCCCCGGGGCAGCGCGCAGAGCCCCGCGCAAGCGGCCGCCGGGGCCAAAUCCCCCGCCGCCGCCGCCGCCGCCUUCCAGCAGCAGCAGCAGCAGCAGCAGCGCUUCGGGGCCAUGGGGCCCUCGGCCGCCGGCGGGGCAGCAGGAGGAGGGGGCGCCACCCCGCAGCCCACCGCUACCCCCACCCUCAACCAGCUGCUUACCUCCCCCAGCUCAGCCCGCGGCUACCAGGGCUACCCCGGGGGCGACUACAGCGGCGGGCCCCAGGACGGGGGAGCCGCUGCCAAGGGCCCGGCCGCGGACAUGGCCUCCCAGUACGGUGGGGGCAAUAGCCAGGCCUGGGCCACGGCCGCAGGAGGGGGCCAACAAAGGAGCCACCAUGCGCCCAUGAGCCCCGGGAGCAGCAGCGCUGGAGGGGGACAGCCGCUCGCUAGGACCCAGCAGCCAUCAAGCCCAAUGGAUCAGAUGGGGAAGAUGAGACCUCAGCCAUACGGAGGAAGUAACCCAUACACACAGCAGCAGGCACCUCAGUCGGGGCCACAGCAAGGACAUGGAUAUCCAGGACAGCCAUAUGGGCCACAGACUCCCCAGAGAUAUCCCAUAGGAAUGCAAGGCAGGACACAGAGUGCAAUGGGCAGCAUCUCGUAUGCACAGCAGAUUCCUCCUUAUGGACAACAGGGCCCGAGUGCGUAUGGACAGCAGAGCCAGACUCCAUAUUACAACCAGCAAAGUCCUCAUCCCCAGCAACAGCAGCCUCCAUAUUCUCAGCAGCCAACAUCCCAGACCUCUCACUCCCAACCUUCUUAUCAACAGCAGCAGACUGCGUCUCAGCCUCCACAGCUUCCGUCAUCCCAGCCUCCGUACUCCCAGCCGCAGUCCCAGCAGUCCCCAUCACCGUAUCCCCAGCAGCAGCCCACAGCCCAGCAACAUCAGCAGAGUCAGCCUCCGUACCCCCAGCCACAGUCACAGUCGCCCUACCAGCAGCAGCAACAAACUCAGCAAACCACCUCCUCUGCUCUUUCUCAGCAGACUUCUUCAUAUCCUCAGUCACAACCACAGCAACAGCAGCAGCCUGCGUACUCCCAGCAACGCUUCCCACCUCCACAGGAGUUAUCUCAAGACUCAUUUGGGUCCCAGGCAUCAUCUGCCCCCUCAAUGGCUUCCAGUAAAGGACAAGAAGAUAUUAACUUGAAUCUUCAGUCAAGGCCCUCCAGCCUGCCGGAUCUGUCUGGUUCCAUAGAUGAUCUACCCAUGGGUACAGAAGGAGCCCUGAGUCCUGGAGUAAGCACGUCAGGGAUUUCAAGCAGUCAAGGAGAGCAGAGUAACCCAGCUCAGUCUCCUUUCUCUCCGCAUACCUCGCCUCACCUCCCAGGAAUCAGAGGGCCCUCCCCUUCCCCCGUUGGCUCUCCUGCUAGUGUUGCCCAGUCGCGUUCUGGUCCACUCUCACCUGCUGCCGUACCAGGCAAUCAAAUGCCACCCCGACCACCUAGUGGCCAUUCGGACAGUAUCAUGCAUCCUUCCAUGAAUCAGUCAAGCAUAGUCCAAGAUCGAGGUUACAUGCAGAGGAAUCCUCAGAUGCCCCAGUACAGCUCCCCUCAGCCUGGCUCCGCCUUAUCUCCACGUCAGUCUUCUGGAGGACAGAUGCAUGCUGGGAUGGGACCUUAUCAGCAGAAUUCACUGGGAAGCUAUGGGCCCCAGGGGGGUCAGUAUGGUCCUCAAGGAGGUUAUCCUAGGCAGCCAAACUAUAAUGCUAUGCCUAAUGCCAACUACCCCAGCCCAGGAAUGGGGGGAAGUAUAAACCCAAUGGGAGCAGGGAGCCAGAUUCAUGGUCAGACUGGUGUGCAACCCUAUACUGGGCUUCCCCCAGGAAGGAUGAGCCAUGCAGCCAUAGGGAACAGGCCCUAUGGACCCAACAUGGCAAAUAUGCCUCCCCAGGUGGGGACAGGGAUGUGCCCACCACCGGGUGGCAUGAACCGGAAAGCACAAGAAGCAGCUGCUGCCGCCAUGCAUGCUGCUGCCAACUCCAUCCAGAAUAGGCCUCCUGGCUAUCCCAACAUGAACCAAGGGGGGAUGAUGGGAACUGGAGCUCCUUAUGGACAAGGAAUUAACAGUAUGGCUGGCAUGAUAAACCCCCAGGGUCCUCCGUAUCCUAUGGGUGGGAAUAUGGCCAACAACUCGGCAGGGAUGGCAGCAAGUCCUGAGAUGAUGGGCCUUGCGGAUGUCAAACUAACGCCUGCAACUAAAAUGAACAAUAAGGCAGAUGGGACGCCAAAAACAGAAUCCAAGUCAAAGAAGUCCAGUUCCUCUACUACCACCAAUGAGAAGAUUACCAAAUUGUAUGAGCUGGGUGGUGAGCCAGAGAGGAAGAUUUGGGUAGAUCGUUACCUAGCCUUCACUGAAGAGAAGGCAAUGGGCAUGACCAACCUCCCAGCUGUGGGCAGGAAACCCCUAGACCUUUACCGGCUCUAUAUCUCUGUAAAGGAGAUUGGAGGACUUACUCAGGUCAACAAAAACAAGAAAUGGCGUGAGUUAGCCACCAAUCUUAAUGUGGGCACUUCUAGCAGUGCAGCUAGUUCUUUGAAGAAGCAGUACAUCCAAUGUCUCUAUGCCUUCGAGUGCAAGAUUGAACGAGGCGAAGACCCGCCCCCAGACAUCUUUGCGGCUGCUGAUUCAAAGAAGUCCCAGCCCAAGAUACAGCCCCCAUCUCCAGCGGGUUCAGGCUCCAUGCAGGGUCCUCAGACACCUCAAUCCACCAGCAGCUCUAUGGCAGAGGGAGGAGAUUUGAAACCACCAACGCCAGCGUCUACACCACACAGUCAGAUGCCCCCUUUGCCAGGCAUCAGGAGUAACUCAGUAGGUCUUCAAGAUGCCUUUGCAGAUGGCAGUGACCCCACGUUCCAGAAGCGGAACUCCAUGACUCCAAAUCCCGGGUACCAGCCCAGCAUGAAUACCUCCGACCUGAUGGGACGCAUGUCCUACGAGCCAAAUAAGGAUCCUUAUAGCAGUAUGAGGAAAGCUCCAGGAAGUGACCCCUUCAUGUCCUCAGGGCAGGGCCCCAACACUGGGAUGGGUGACCCGUAUAAUCGUGCUGCAGGUCCCGGGAUGGGUAAUAUGGCCCUGGGACAACGGCAACAUUAUCCCUAUGGAGGUCCUUACGACAGAGUGAGGACGGAACCAGGAAUGGGACCCGAGGGAAGCUUAGGAACUGGAACUCCCCAGGCCAGCAUUAUGCCUUCCACCCCUGACUCAGGGAUGUACUCUCCCAGCCGCUAUCCACAGCAACAACAGCAGCAGCAACGACAUGAUUCCUAUGGCAAUCAGUUCUCCACUCAAGGCACAUCCUCUGGCAGCCCCUUUCCCAGUCAGCAAACCACCAUAUAUCAACAGCAGAAUUACAAGCGACCGAUGGAUGGCACUUAUGGCCCACCUGCCAAGAGACACGAAGGGGAGAUGUACAACGUAUCGUACAGCACCGGGCAGGGGCAGGCACAGCAGCAGCUGCCUACAGCACAGACCCAACAACCGAGCCAGCAGCAAACUGCACAGCCUUAUACAUGUCCUGCUGUGGAGAACCAGUAUGGGAGUACAUACCCUGCCACUGACCGCCGACCUGCUGGAGGGCCGCAGAACCAGUUCCCGUUCCAAUUUGGCAGAGACAGGGUCUCGGCUCCCCCAGGCUCGACUGCCCAGCAGAAUAUACCACCACAGAUGAUGGGUGGUCCCAUACAAUCUACUCCAGAGGGCUUGCAGCAGGGCAGCUUGUGGCAAGGGCGCAAUGAAAUAGGGUACAGCUAUCCAAAUCGGCAGAGUUCAGGCUCUGCAGCCCAGGGGCCUGCUUAUCAUGGAGUGAAUCGAACAGAUGAAAUUCUACAUGCAGAUCAGAGGGUAAAUCAUGAGGGGCCAUGGCCCUCGCAUGGGAACCGUCAGCCUCCUUAUGGUCCUUCUGCCCCGGUACCCCCAAUGACAAGGCCCCCACAGCCUAACUACCAGACCCCUCCUAGCAUGCAGAAUCACAUUCCUCAGGUAUCCAGCCCAGCACCUCUGCCCAGACCUCUGGAGAACCGUACCUCACCCAGCAAAUCUCCAUUCCUGCACUCGGGGAUGAAAAUGCAGAAAGCAGGGCCUCCCGUCCCUGCCUCGCAUAUAGCCUCAGCAGCCGUACAACCUCCCAUGACGCGACGGGACAUCACCUUCCCACCUGGAUCCGUGGAAGCUACGCAGCCCGUGUUGAAGCAAAGGAGACGGCUGACCACGAAAGAUAUUGGAACUCCUGAAGCAUGGAGAGUGAUGAUGUCUCUGAAGUCUGGGCUGCUGGCUGAAAGUACAUGGGCCUUGGAUACCAUAAACAUCCUGCUCUAUGAUGACAACAGCAUAAUGACCUUCAAUCUCAGCCAGGUGGGUGCAGAUGCUCUGAGAUCUAGGUCUUUUGAAGCACUAACCUAUGUUAAGAAUCCUGUCAACAAGAUAGCAGAAUACAGGUCUUCUCCAUCUACAGCCAAACUUCCAGCCAUCCCAACAUUUGCAGAAAUGAACACAGCUGUUGUGUAGGCCAACCCUGAAUACAUACAUAUAGAGAGUCAGGGUAAUUGCAUACCCGACUACUUCGUUGGUAUACACAAUUACCCACUUGCAUUGUGUGCAAAUGCAAGGUUUUGCCUGGAUGGUGGAUGUGUUGUCUCUGUGGUACAAAAAGGGAAUAACAGGGAUGAGGUGCUCAAACCUACCUUCACAGUAAGGGCACUGCAAAAUGCUGAAGGCUGACUAUCUUCUCUGAUGAUCUACAAUGCCAUUUUGUUUUCUGU